AUGGAAAACAAGAACACAACACUGUGGACAGUGUUUGUACUCACAGGUCUUCCCUGUCAACCAUUUUGGAAAGUUCCUCUGUUCCUGGUGUUCUCAGUAAUAUAUUUCAUCACCAUGAUGGGGAACCUUGGUUUGAUCACUCUCAUCUGGAAGGACUCUCACCUUCACACCCCCAUGUACUUAUUCCUUGGUAGUUUAGCCUUUAUAGAUAGUUGGUUAACAUCUACGGUGACACCAAAGUUGCUGCUCAACCUCUUAGAGCAGGGCAAGGUGAUCUCUUUCUCUGAAUGCAUGAUACAAUUCUUUGCCCUUGCAAUUGGUGUAACUACAGAAUGUUUUAUCUUGGCAGCAAUGGCUUAUGACCGCUAUGCAGCUAUCUGCAAACCUUUACUUUACCCAGUGAUUAUGACUAAUAGACUAUGCAUCUGCUUAAUAGUUUUAUCAUAUGUAGGUGGUGUUAUUCAUGCUAUAAUUCAUGAAUGCCUUAUAUUCAGAUUAACCUUCUGUAAUUUCAACAUACUACAUCAUUUUUACUGCGAUGUUAUACCACUGUUAAAGAUUUCCUGUACUGAUCCUUCUAUAAAUUACCUGAUAAUUUUUAUUUUCUCUGGAUCUAUACAAGUAUUUACCAUUAUAACUGUUCUUAUUUCUUAUACAUUUGUUCUCUUUACCAUUUUAAAAAAGAAGUCUGAAAAGGGCAUUAGGAAAACCUUCUCCACCUGUGGAGCCCAUCUCUUAUCUGUAUCUUUAUACUAUGGCCCACUUCUUUUUAUGUAUGUGCGCCCUGCAUCUCCACAAGUAGAUGAUCAGGACAUGAUGGACUCCCUAUUUUACACAGUCAUAAUUCCUGUGCUAAAUCCAAUUAUAUACAGUUUGAGAAAUAAGCAAGUCAUGAAUUCUCUGAAAAAAGUGUUAAAAAGAAAUGUCUAA